UUUCUCCCUUGCCGCUGCUUAUCCCCUGCUGGCCCGGGUUGGGGCGCACGCUAGGACUUGGCAGGACGGCUAGAGAGUCGCCAAGCCCAUCCCACCUGACGGUGGGAUGCGUCCCCUUUUGGGGAAUCCAGUGGUGCUGUCUGGGGUUAUCGGCACAUUCCUUCAGUCACUGGGCCGCGACGUCGACCUCGACUCCCUGCGACUGUGACCUUCUGUGCACCAAGUUGACGAUGUGGAGAAAGGAGACAGUAGAUGAGAAGGCUGGAUGGAGAAGACAGCUAGAGGAGAUGACCUGGGCUCGGAGUUUGACCACAAGAGCUUUUCUUGGUCUUCUAGAACAGUGCACAAGUGUCUUAGGAACUCUUCAAAGGACCAGGGCCUGGGUGUCAGCACCGAGGAUUUUUCCUGAGUCAGUUCCCUUAGCCCCCGUGGCUUCAGUUUCCUCAUGCAAGUGAGGAGCUCUGGGUGUUAUCACACAACAGACCUAUUUGUGGAACGGGACCUGUGGGCUGGGCACUGGGACAGUACAGCCCUUAGACCCUUAACAAGAAUCUCAAUCUAGCAGAUACAUAUAUGCUGGUGAUUGCACCAUGUUGGGCAUGGGCAGAUUAUUGUGAGAGCAUCCCAUUGCUUGGUGCUAUUGAAAGGGAAAUUUGGGUGUUGGGUGUUUUGAAGAAUAAGUGUCAGUAUGCAGGGGCACAGAGUUGAUCACUCAGUGUGCUGUUUGGAAACUUGUAGAAGCCUCUUGCGGUAGAUUCACACUGAGGCACAGUGGGGGGAGAUUGUGAAAGACUGAAGAGUUAAUGGUCUUUCCUGAAGCCUCUAGAUUUUCAUAGGCCUUACCUCCAUCACCAGGCCUUAUGGGAAUCACUACCGUGGUGAUUUUCCUAUUGUUUCUGAAGGGACCGGAUGGUCUUCAGACGAGUGGUAGGUUAUAGUGUACCUUAGAAAUCUUCAAAAAAUGAAGGAUCAAGAUCACUAGGUCUGUGUUUUAGAAGGAUAACUUUGGCUGCAGAGUGCCAGGUGGCUCAGAAUGAACUGGUAUUGAAGUCAGGCUGACAAGCACUUACCAGGGUCCAGAUGGACUGCGAAGAGCCUGAAAAUGAUAUGGCCUUGUGGAUGGACAGGGGAUCUUUGAUUGAGGUGAAGAUGGUUCUGGUAAAACAACUCUCAUGACUAAACUACAAGGAGCAGAGCAUGGCAAAAAAGGAAGAGGCCUAGAGUAUCUGUACCUCAGCGUCCAUGAUGAGGACCGAGAUGAUCAUACACGCUGCAAUGUGUGGAUUCUGGAUGGAGACCUCUACCACAAAGGCCUGCUGAAGUUUGCAGUUUCUGCUGAAUCCUUGCCAGAGACCCUGGUCAUUUUUGUUGCAGACAUGUCUAGGCCUUGGACUGUAAUGGAAUCUCUACAAAAGUGGGCUAGUGUUUUACGUGAGCACAUUGAUAAAAUGAAAAUUCCACCAGAAGAAAUGAGAGAGCUGGAAUGGAAGUUUGUGAAAGAUUUUCAAGAUUAUAUUGAGCCUGAAGAAGGUUGUCAGGGUUCCCCACAGAGAAGAGGACCUUUGACCUCAGGCUCCGAUGAAGAAAAUGUUGCGCUGCCUCUGGGUGACAAUGUGCUGACUCAUAACCUGGGGAUCCCAGUGUUGGUGGUAUGCACAAAGUGUGAUGCAGUAAGCAUACUGGAGAAGGAACACGAUUACAGGGACGAGCACUUGGAUUUCAUCCAGUCGCAUCUGCGGAGGUUCUGCCUCCAGUAUGGAGCUGCCUUGAUUUACACAUCAGUGAAAGAAGAGAAAAACCUCGACUUGUUGUAUAAGUACAUUGUUCAUAAAACAUAUGGUUUCCACUUUGCCACACCUGCCUUAGUUGUGGAAAAGGAUGCGGUUUUUAUACCUGCAGGCUGGGACAAUGAAAAGAAAAUAGCUAUUUUACAUGAAAAUUUCACAACUGUGAAACCAGAAGAUGCAUAUGAAGAUUUUAUUGUGAAACCUCCUGUAAGAAAGCUGGUCCACGACAAAGAGUUGGCAGCAGAGGAUGAGCAGGUGUUCCUAAUGAAGCAGCAGUCACUCCUUGCCAAGCAGCCAGCCACGCCCACAAGAGCCUCCGAAUCCCCUGCAAGAGGACCCUCUGGCUCUCCAAGGACUCAGGGCCGGGGAGGGCCAGCCAGUGUGCCAAGCACCUCCCCAGGAACAUCAGUAAAGAAGCCAGACCCAAACAUCAAAAAUAAUGCAGCAAGUGAAGGGGUGUUGGCCAGCUUCUUUAAUAGUCUUUUGAGUAAAAAAACAGGUUCUCCUGGAAGUCCUGGUGCUGGUGGUGUACAGAGCACAGCCAAGAAGUCAGGACAAAAGACUGUGUUGUCAAAUGUUCAGGAAGAACUGGAUAGAAUGACUCGAAAACCAGACUCCAUGGUAACAAACUCUUCAACAGAAAAUGAAGCCUGAUCCUCCUUAAAAUGCACAUGUCAAAUGACCAAAUAACUAUGUAUAUUGAUCUGCUAAGACCAGGAUUUUUCUGAUAUGGCACAUGCUAUCAGUUUUUGGGGGUAGGGGAGAUGAACUUUUAAAAAAAUACUUCAUUGGCUUGUCCCAAGUGUGAAAUGCACAUUUUGGAAGGUUAUGUGUCAGACCUCUUACUAAGGAUAACCCUUGGACUCUUCAGGCAUGUAGCUGUUGCAUGGGAAGAGCACAGCUGGGCUUGUGGAGCAGAGAAAGGGGCCCACUUUCCAUCACAGUGGAGCAGAUGAGACCAAGAAAUCAUUAAUCAGUUGGUGGUUAGUCUGACCAGUUGUGUGUUAGCAAAUUCGCUUGUUCUUGGGAAGCAGAUUCAGUAGCAGAAAGUCCAGGAAAGAAAGACUAAAAGGAAUGAGAGAAGUGAUGGUGGGGAAGCUGAAUGUUGAGGGAGGUAGAGGAAGGAGGAGAUAAGCAGUGUUAGUAAAUACUGUGCUCAGUAGAGUCAAAUAAUCAUUGUUUAAGACUUAAAAUUAGAAGCAUUUCCAGGCUAAACACUAAGCAAAAUGGGACUUAGACCUGUCCUGAAGGCAUCUUUUUAAUUUAUGGAAGAUGUGUUAAGAGUGUGGUGCCUGAGUCAGUUGGGGCUGACACAGGGAUGGGGAGGAUGGCAGCUGCCCAGGACCCACAUAAUUAGCCCAAGCCAUGUGCCCAGGGAGGUCCUGGGCUCCAUGCAUGUGCAUUGUAGGGCAGGCAGUCACUGUGGGUUGUGUUCAAAGUCAGCAGAUACAAUAUUAGUUUACUUUAUGUUUUCUAAAUAGCUCCUGCUUUGUUUUUUAAAUUAAAUUUUUGGUUUGGUUUUGUUUUUGUUUUUUUUACUACCACAGGCUGGCCUAAUAAUAGAAAAUGGGUGAUUGACAUCUCAUUUUACCAUAAUGCAAUGUGUAACAGAAAGUUUGGGGGAGGUUGUGAAUGUCACUGUACUCUGGUUAAUUGGCUUGCACCAGUCCCUGCCUUAUAGUCUGUUGAAACCUUUAUGGAGUUCCACUGAUGUACAAGGAUCUUGUCCCAGAACCCUGGUCUGAUCAGUACUGUCAUGUGGAGGACAAAUAAGUGUGAAUGUUUUAUAUUGAAAAUGAAACAAUUCUUUUGUGUUUUUCAUAAAAUGUAGCCUUUUUUCUUAUGGAAAUGAGAGUUUCAUAUGUCUCCCCUUUUAGGGCAAAUUCAUGCACAUUGUCAUGUCACACCACCAUUCUGGGAAUGACUUCUGUGGACUUGAAAUGGCACUUUAAUUUUACCUAUGACACAGCAUUUAAAUCCAAACACUACCAUGAAUUUCAUGUAUAAAACAUUUGUUGUCAAACCAAGGAAAAAACCACAGUUCACUUAUGUGGAGUUUACUUUUUUAUAUGAAUGUUUAUUGUACUGUGUCUCCGCAUAACUUCCCUAAUGUCAUUACUUUUACAUAACCAGAUUUGACUGACCACUAACAUAAUAUUGGGCGUAACUUAAAUCCUAUGUUAUAUAACAAAACUCUUCAGACUGUCUUGAAUUGCUUUUGUAAAGGUCUGAACACUGUUAAGGAGAAAGUUGUGUAUUUACUUGCCUUUCUGACAAAAAGAUGUUUAUUGUGCCAGUUUUAUUGGUGAAAUAUACUAUUUUUUUUCCUUUUUUAAUUCAGCUUUUUUUUUUUCUUUUUUUUUUAAUGUAUUGUGGCUUCCAAUUACCAGGUUGUCUAGGUAAUGACAGUAAACUGUGGAGCAAUAGUUGUGUAGUGACCAGUAGAUGCCAAACAGUUUAUGGCCACACAAAAGGUGGGGUCUCUGUAGCAGGUAGGGGCAGAAUGAGUGACCACAGAAACAAGAAGGAAUUCUUGGAAAGGCACAUGUCUAAGAGGGAAACAGAGUGAUUUUAAAUUCUAAUGCAAAAUUUAAAUUUGUAUCAUUUGAACUGAUAAGCACUUUUUGGGUCAGUGGAAAAUGUACUAAAACCGCAAAAUGGCUAAGAUGACGGUCUUGUGAAGGAAGGUUUCUUGGAGACCACUUUUAUUCUCAUGACAAGUGGAUGCUUCUAGUAUCAGAAGAAAUUGAUGCAUAGUGUCAUGUGCUCAGUGGUUGCCAAAGUCUACCAAGUUUGGGGAACUUCAGGGUUCUUUUAUGCGAGGGGGAGAGGGGAGAUGAUUUUUACUUUAGGGUUUUCAAGCAUUGGAACCAAAGCCCAAAUAAUAAGCAGCCUUUACUUUUUAUUUUUUAUUUUAUUUUAUUUUUUGGUACUGGGGAUCGAACUCGAGUCCUUGUGCUUGUGCAGCAGGCAGCGAAACCACUGAGCUAAAUCCCCGGCCCCAGCCUUUACUUUUUAAAGUAAAAUUCAUUUUAUUUGCUGAAUACACUUGUAUGGUAGACUGUUAAUUUAUAUACAUUAUAGUGGUUACAUCUGCUGUUUGUCUUUAAAAUGAAAAAAUAAACCCAACCUAAAAGAUAUGGCCCAGAUGAAGGCCAUGGAUUGAUCUUUCUAAAAAUGCAACAGGAAUGCUGCUAGAUUAUUUUAUUUUGUUUGCACUUUCUUUUUGGGGGAUUGGCAUUUUAAAAUCAGUAUUUAAACUGAAGAAAUUAUUGUGUUUUAUUUAACGAAGUUGAAAGUGACUGCUCUGUACAUCAUGACCUUAACAAUGUUGAUGCUGUAAGUGAAAGUUCACUGUCAUCUCUAUGCUAAGUUCAUUGGUGUUUUUAACUUAAAAUUAGGACUGCAGAUAAUCCCCCACCAGCCUUAGUCCAGGGUGUGGCUCUAUCCGGGUGCAGUAUGCAGUCAUGUGGAAACUUGCUUUCUAGCACUGGGGAAAAAAAAGAUGUCUCUAAUUACUGGCUUCAAUAAACAUGAAUCCAGACUGCUUACAAUUUUGGGUGACUUUGUGUUUGAUAAAUCAUCCCACUGAAGAUUCAUUGUCUGCUAAUAUGGGGUGUCUGAUCAUGUAGUUAAAAAUAUGUACUUCAGGGCCGGGGAUUUAGCUCAGUGGUUGCGCCACCUGCCUUGAAAGCGGAAGGACCUGAGUUCGAUCCCUGGUACCAAAAAAAAACAAAACAGAAAAAUGUGUACUUCUCUCCCUUGAAAUUAUCAGAAAUUCUGAUAAGGAAAAGCAUUUUAAAGCCAAAUGUUGAAGACUGAGAAAAUCAGAGCUGUGUGUAGAGUGCAGCAGGGUUUGGGAGUUGUCCAGCAUGUUUUCUUGCCUCUUGAAUAAAUGUUUCAUUGUCUGAAUUGA